GUGUCAUUUGCAGCUGUCAUGACACACACAGUCCAGGGACAGCCGAACCAACCCUGCCUCUGACUGACGGUGGCCAUGACAUUACCUGUGUGUGUGCACGUGGUCUUUCCGUCCAGAAAGCUCUACAAGUGCCCCGGAUCUAUCUCUUAUACACCCACCCACUCAACUCACUCACACACACGCACGCCACGCGUCGCGUACCCAUAAACUGCUCAUGUCCAUCCAUCCAUCCAUCCAUUCGUCCCGCACAGCAAAAAACAGAAGGCACAGAGAGCCUGCCUUCCCAUCCAGGUCUCUCUUGUGUGUAUGGUCUCGCUGACUCUCGCAUGGCAAACAAAACCAGCACCAAUCGCAGCUCUCAGCUCACGCCCCCCGCUCUCCUGCCUUAGUAUAUUAUAUACACAGCAAUGGUACACAUGUUGGUGGUGUGCACCACUCAGCUCGUGUGCGGGGGGUACAGGAUUCCAUCCAUCCAUCCAUCCAUCUCCAUGUGCCCAGACACAUGCCGAUCAUGAAGUCGAUUGUGCCGGGUAGAUAUCAGCGUCUCGCGCAAGGAUCUCUGUCGUCUCAAACGUCCUGCACACACACACAGAGGGUUUGAGCAGAGGCCAAUCUUUCCGUUCCGUCCAUCCAUCCUUCCCCCUCAGCCCACUACCUGAGUGAAGGCCCAUAAGUCCUGAAUUUCCUGUCUGCCUGGUAGCGGCGCAUGUCGGGUGUCCAGUCGAGUGAUAGCGCCCCCGCCUCGCCCUCGCCGAUCGACAGGGGGAAGGACAGCGUCAAGUGGCCGUUGAAGAACAGCUGUACCAAACAAACAACACACAGAUCUCCGUUCAACGGACAUUCUCUCUCUCUCUCUCUCUCAUGUGUCUGUCUCAUGUGUCUGUCUGUCUGUCUGCCUGUUUACCGACCUCAAAGUAGUUCUGGCCGAUCCGCUCGGCUGGCUUGUCAUAGAGACCGUGCCCCCAUUCACCUGCACACACAACACCCAUCCAUCCAUCCAUCCAUCCAUAUACGUGACCACAGUACAAAGAUACAGCGCCUGCUGUUCGCGUGCGCAUGAGUGAUUGGUGGAUUGGUGGAUUGAUGCCCACUGACUGACCGUAGAAGGCGUCUUCGUUGGCCAGAGGCGGCUCCCCGAGCCGCUCGCGGAUGACCGCCAGCUGCCUCAAAGUCCACACUUUGCGUGGAGGUGUCCCUGUCUCUGUCUCUGCGUCUGUGUCAGGUGGUGUGCUCUCCCGUUGGAAGCCGAACACACCCCGCACCCUCCGGCCCUCUGACUUGAUGCCGACCUGACGCGCACAACAGACAGACAGACAAGCAGACAGACACCCAUAUCAAUCGCAUGAAUGAAAUGCCAUCGCCUCUCUCUCUCCCCUCGUUGCUUGGUUUACCUCCGUCCAGAUGAUGUCGUCUUGGCUGUUGAUCUUGUCGUCGGCCGACGAGAGGAUGGGUGCGAGGGGCACUGAGGCAGACUGCGGGGCGGGCACCCACGAGGGGGAUGGGAACCCCGCCAGCGUGAACGCAUUCCCAACUAUCUGGACCGACCGACCGACACAAAGCAAAGGACACAGAUGAUGAAAUACACCAGAGAUGUACACCUGUGUGUGUGUGUGUGCAUUUGACGCGCACACACACACACCUACCUGGUUGCCUUGUUUGGCCCGGAAGUCGUGUGGAUAGUACACGACCUCCAUGGGCAGGGGAUAGCCCUGCCGGGCACUGCCGGCACCGCCACCGUCCUUGACGGGCACCUGGGACGACGUGAUCCUCAGCAGUCGGUACCCCAGCUUCGGAUCACUCUUGACAGCGAUAGUCGUCUCUAUCGACGCCGUCUCUGACACACAACACAUACACACCCAGAGAGAGAGGGGGAGAGAUGGAUGGGUGGGUGCAUGUGCUACAUGCAGGUGAGCAAGUUGAAGAAAGCGGGCGGCCAUGGUCACUCACUCACCGACCGUUUUUCAGUAUGAUGAAUGGGGCGGGGAGGGGGGAAGAGGACGCUGCGGCGGUGGUGCCCUCUUCGCCUUGUUUCGCCUUGGCUAUCUGGUAGAUCUGGGCGACCCCAUACCAGGUACCCACAUGCUCCACCAUCUUGUUGAACUUUAUCACAGACAGACAGACAGACAGACAGAACAAAGCCGGCCGGCAUGUGUCUGCAUCUACUCGUCUGUCUAUCUGUGCGCACCGAACCUGCCAUGCGUCAUUGUCGGCGAGUUCCCUCGCUCUCCGCCUCAGAUACUCAUCAUCAUCCAGCCCGUCGUACUCAUCGCCAUACUGCUGCAGCUGCUGCAGCUUGCCUCCUUCCCGUCUCUCUGGCCGCCUCCAGGGAAAAGCUGACCGCAGGAAGGUCCUUCUGCCGCCACACACGCUGGUUCUGCCGAUGGUGCUGAGGAAGGCGCCGCUCUCGCACACCACUGCAAUCAGCAGACAUAGCAACACCGCCGCGCUGGACAGCAUUGGGAGCCAGAUCUCCUUAGCUAGUCUCGCAAACAGUGAG